AAAAACGGAGCCAGGAGGAAAGGUUCCCGUGGGGCCGAGCCGAGGCGGCCGGCCAAGGUCCGGCCUCCGUGGGGUGACCCCUCGGACUCGGGGUCUUGCCGAGCGUGAGAGCGCUUCUCUCACCGCCUGCCCCGGCAGAUCGCGGAGGCUGAGUGAAGGCGCUGGGCGAGUCCGUGUUUCUUCUCCAAAGGACAAAUGAAAAUCCGGGGGCCCCAUGUCCGGCUCGAAGCUACUCAGAAUUUAUUUUGACCACCAUCCAUGGCUCUAAAAGGACAAGAAGAUUAUAUUUAUCUUUUCAAGGAUUCAGCGCAUCCUGUGGGUUUUCUGGAUGCAUUCAGAACAUUUUACUUGGAUGGAUUAUUUACUGAUAUCACCCUUCAGUGCCCUUCGGGCAUAAUCUUCCAUUGUCACCGAGCUGUUUUAGCUGCCUGCAGCAAUUAUUUUAAGGCAAUGUUCACAGCUGACAUGAAAGAAAAAUUUAAAAAUAAAAUAAAACUCUCCGGCAUCCACCAUGACAUUCUGGAAGGCCUUGUAAACUAUGCCUAUACAUCCCAAAUUGAAAUAACUAAAAGAAAUGUUCAAAGCCUGCUCGAAGCAGCAGAUCUGCUGCAGUUCCUUUCAGUAAAGAAGGCUUGCGAGCAGUUUUUGGUGAGACACCUGGAUAUUGAUAAUUGUAUUGGAAUGCACUCCUUUGCAGAAUUUCACAUGUGUCCAGAACUAGAGAAGGAGUCCCGGAGAAUUCUGUGUUCGAGGUUUAAGGAAGUGUGGCAACAGGAAGAAUUUCUGGAAAUCAGCCUUGAAAAAUUUCUGUUUAUCUUGUCCAGGAAGAAUCUCAGUGUUUGGAAAGAAGAAGCGAUCAUAGAGCCGGUUAUUAAGUGGACUGCUCAUGAUGUCAAAAAUCGAAUCGAGUGCCUGUAUAAUCUGCUAAGCUAUGUCAACAUAGAUAUAGACCCAGUAUAUUUAAAAACAGCUUUAGGCCUUCAGAGAAGCUGCCUACUAACGGAAAAUAAGAUACGCUCUCUGAUAUACAAUGCCUUGAAUCCCAUGCAUAAAGAGAUUUCUCAGAGGUCCACAGCCACAAUGUAUAUCAUUGGAGGCUAUUACUGGCAUCCUUUGUCAGAGGUCCACAUAUGGGAUCCCUUGACAAAUGUUUGGAUUCAGGGAGCGGAAAUACCAGAUUAUACCAGGGAGAGCUAUGGUGUUACAUGUUUAGGUCCCAACAUUUAUGUCACCGGAGGCUAUAGGACGGAUAACAUAGAAGCUCUGGACACAGUAUGGAUCUAUAACAGUGAAAGCGAUGAAUGGACAGAAGGUCUGCCAAUGCUCAACGCGAGGUAUUACCACUGUGCAGUCACCUUAGGUGGCUGUGUCUAUGCCUUAGGUGGUUACAGAAAAGGGGCUCCAGCAGAAGAGGCUGAGUUCUAUGAUCCUUUAAAGGAGAAGUGGAUUCCUAUUGCAAACAUGAUUAAAGGCGUGGGAAAUGCUACUGCCUGUGUCUUGCAUGAAGUUAUCUAUGUCAUUGGCGGUCACUGCGGCUACAGAGGAAGCUGCACCUAUGACAAGGUCCAGAGCUACAAUUCGGAUAUCAAUGAAUGGAGCCUCAUCACCUCCAGUCCACAUCCAGAAUAUGGAUUGUGCUCAGUUCCAUUUGAAAGUAAGCUGUAUCUAGUCGGUGGACAAACUACAAUCACAGAAUGUUAUGACCCUGAACAAAAUGAGUGGAGAGAGAUCGCUCCCAUGAUGGAAAGGAGGAUGGAGUGUGGUGCCGUCAUCAUGAACGGAUGCAUUUAUGUCACUGGAGGAUAUUCCUACUCAAAAGGGACCUAUCUUCAGAGCAUUGAGAAAUAUGAUCCAGAUCUGAAUAAGUGGGAAAUCGUGGGUAAUCUUCCCAGUGCCAUGCGGUCUCAUGGAUGUGUUUGUGUGUAUAAUGUCUGAUUGUACCCACAGAAAUGACCAAGUAAUCACUCUUUGGGGGUAUAGUAAAAAAGAAAAGAACUCAGGGUUUGGAAUCCCUUACUUAUUUUUGUGAUCGAUCUGACACAUGAUAGGACAUUGAUAAGUUAUAAUUCCAAAUUCCACUCUGCUCCCAAGCCUGUGAUUAAUGGUCAGGAAAAAUCGUAUGUAUAUACUCAGUUGAAUUAGUGGAGUCGACUCCUAUAGUCUGCUUUCCAAAGGUAAUAUGGAAUGUUUGACUCUUGGUAAAAGGUGAAAUACCUUUGUAGGGAAUCUUUUCCUCCUGGUAGCAUCAACACUGGGUAUAGGUCAGAAUCAUUCUAUGGAAUGAAAUGUCUCUUAAGAGCCUGUAAUGUAAUAGAUAGUGUAUAUUAAGUUCCAUUUAGCCAACAGGAAUUUGAAAUUUAAAGAGGAACUCUUUUCUACCUCUACAAAACCUACACUUAAAUUUUUUUCACCUUUAUUUCACAUUAUUUGGAAUGUGAACUUUAAGUAUAGUUCUUUUUCCUUUGUAGUAUAUCUAAUUUAUUAUUUUUAUUUACUGACUACCAGAUAUAUAUACAAAAUACUGUGCAAAAAAUUAUUACUGUUCAGAUAUUUUACAAACUAAAUUUAAAAGAACAAGUCUGAAAAAUUGCAGAGAAAAUAGUCAAACAUUUGCUGAUGGUAAGGGCUAUUUGUAAUUUUUUGCUUUGGUGUAAAUUGCUAGUUUCGGUGUCUUCAAGCAUGAUAGAAAAAUUUAUGCUUAUGUGUGGAUGCAUGUCUGCAUCUAAAGUUGAGUUUCAGAGCCAGAAGGCACAUAGAACAGUUAGGAUACAGUAGAAAAUAAGCUGACAAAGAGAAAUUUGCAUCCAUUUUCCAGCUCUACUAACUUUGUGACAUGAAUCACUUAACCUCCCCAUGAUUAGAAGACCUUCUUGGCCCAUGAACACUGGCACUGUGCCUAGGUACAGAUCUCCUCAACUCUUGCAGCCAGCAGUGGCCUGAGUGGCUUCUGCCUCUGGUCCAGAAGCACCUUUGUCCAGUUCCCCCAGUGUGCCUACAUGAUGACUUUUUCCUAUAACUAGGGAAAAGUUGGGAAACUGCUCAAAUUAGCUCACCUAAACUGUCAAUUACCUGGGAGAUAUCUAUUCCAAACUCUCCUUUUUUUUCCAAAAAGAGGUAAUAAUUAUUUUUAACUUUAAAUACUCAAAUUUAAAAACUACCUAACCCUUCUGAUUAAAAAAAAAAAAAAAAAAAACUUAUAAGAAACCGUUUAAUGCAGCCAUUCCAUGUGGCAUUUUAAAAACACCCUUUGGUGCUACAUAGCAAGGGCCAUAAAAAUGACUGUUUCCUUUGCUCGAUAAAUUCUGCUCCCAUAUUUUUAACCUGAAGAAUGAUGCAUAAAAAAGCAAAUGCAUGGAUGUGUUUAUGUCUGUAUUAUUUAUACUAGUGAAAAGUUGGGAAAAAAUUACGUGUCAGACAAUAAAGUGGGCUAAUAAAGUAGGGAAGUGUUACGCUGCCAUUAAAAUAAUUAUUUGGAAGACUGUAGACACAUGGAUGUAUCUAAGAUGUGGUAAAUAAAAUAAGCACAUUACAAAAUAGUAUACACACUAUGAUUGUGACUUUGUAAAGUAUGCAUGUGGGAGGUGAUAUGCAAAAUAAAUCUAUGUGGUAGUGUAGAGGGGAUAUGGAAUAAUGUUUAAUUUAUUUAAUUUUUCUUUAAUAUUUCU